AUGAACAAGAAAAGAGUGCUGAAAAGAAUUUGGAAGACUAAAAGCACAAAAAAAGAAUUUGGAAGAUUAAAAGAACAGAAAAAAGGGUAUUGA